GAGAACACCCCAAGAAAACCCUGAGGGGUAUGUGGUGGGGUCUAUCAACAAUGUGACAAACUUCCACAACGUGACUCGGUUUUUGAUGAUGCAUGGAUCUGGAGACGAUAACGUUCACUUUCAGCACUCGUUGAAAUUAUUAGACAAGCUCAACUUGGAGUCUGUGGAGAACUUUGACUUCAUGGUAUUCCCAGACUCGGAUCAUAGUAUCAGCUACCACAAUGGCAACCAUGUAAUCUACCACCGGCUUUUGAAGUGGUUGAAAAAGGCUUUUAACAACCAGUAUGUGGGGGCGGGCCAUUAAUUGCAGCCAAAACCAAUUGGGUGAUGCACGCCCAAUUCGCUGGCUGCUCGACAAAAAAAUUUUCAUUAAUUUACUUCUAUCUCAUCCUAAAACACAUAACAUGAUUAUUUACACUGAUUUCAUUUCUGGAGACGAAUUAUUGUCCGACGCCUACGACGUCACGUUGGUCGACGGAGUCAUCUACGAAGCCGAUUGUGACAUGGUCAAAGUCGGUGGUGGUGAUGUCGACAUCGGUGCCAACCCAUCUGCUGAAGAUGGUGGUGAUGACCUUGAAGAAGGUGUUGAAACUGUCAACAACGUUGUCUACUCCUUCAGAUUACAAAACACCGGGUUUGACAAGAAGUCUUUCUUGACCUACAUCAAAGGUUACAUGAAGAAGGUCAAGGCUCACUUGGCUGAAGUUAACCCAGAUGCCAUUGAAACCUUUGAAAAGGGUGCUACCACCUACGUCAAGAAGGUUGUCAGUUCUUUCAAUGACUGGGAAUUCUACACCGGUGAAUCCAUGGACCCAGAUGCCAUGAUUGUGUUGUUGAACUACCGUGAAGAUGGUACCACCCCUUACGUGGCCAUCUGGAAACAUGGUGUUAAGGAAGAAAAGAUCUAAGCUAUUUAUACUUCUAUAUAAUUUUCUUUUGAACUAAUAAACUGAGGUUUUGAUUAGUUACGUUUGACACAGAGACACACGUUCUCUAGGGUGAUGUUCUGGUCAACGUACCAGAAAAUUUCACUAGUGUAGUUGGAGGGGAGCAUUUUGCGAAGAGCAUAGACCCUGCUCUCAUCGAUGAGCCUUCUCGCCAUAACACCCAAUUUUGUUUUCUCUGCGGAAGAGAGGCUUGAUUGCAGGGCAAUGCCUGUGCUGGAGUCUGGAAUAGAGCUAACGGCCCACGAAACGACUUUUUGUAGAACUUUAAAAGAGGGUUUGUUGAACCCUUUAGCAGCCAAAUACUCUUUGGAAAAGGGAAGAAGAAGGUCGUAGUCACAGAUGUGCCUACAGCACAUGGCUAUCAUCAACCCGUUAAGUGAUUGUGUUUCAAUCACCAGCGAGUUGAAGAGCAGCCGUAGCGUCAUGUCAGUGGCUACUCCACACAAGUGUUUCGAUAUGCCCACCACGUUUUCACAUUUGCAACCAUCGAGAAAAUUAUCGAGAUCCAAGUCCUUGAUAUCUAUACGUGUCCGUUUGACUUGUGGAUGCAACGGGUGCAAGGAACUCUGGUUCUGUGCAUUGAAAAUGGUGGUUUCCUUGGUGAUUUUGGGAUCAUUCUUCAUUCUGUUCACACUUCUAUCGAUGAGCCCAAACCCAUACGAGUUUGUGCUGGUGGAAUUUGUAGACUUGUGUUCUUCGAGAAUACAUAAGUUGAGGAACCGAGACAAUUCUGCCUUGCCACAUCCGAACUCAAUGUAGAAAUUAUCUGGCCCCAAAAGUCCCUUGGUCUUGAGGUUCCCUGCUAGACUGGACUGUUGAAUAGGAUGCUUCUGAUGCUCCUUCUCCGAGAGCCUCUUGGAGAGACCCUCAUGGGAUGAUGAUAUGAGACGUAGUGGUGUGAACUGCUCUCCAGCUUCCCGAAUUAGCGGUAGGUACUCGUCCAAAAGCUGUUCUUCAGUGUCACCUAGUUGGGUCUGUGAAGGAGAUGUUUGUGCACAAAGC